AUGGAUGAAAAAGAAAAGCAAUAUACUCAGUGGACUCUGGAUGAAACGAAAGUGUUGGUCGAACUACUUGUCGAGGGUAUUCAACGUGGAUGGCGUGACACUAGUGGUGUAAUGAAUAAGGCAACGGUGGAACAUAAAAUACUACCGGUCCUUAAUGAGAGGCUUGGAUGCCAAAAGACCCAUAAGCAUUAUAUGAGCAGAAUGAAGUACCUCAAAUCUAAAUACGAUAUGUAUACGGAUCUUCAACGUUUCAGUUCGGGUUUUGGAUGGGAUCCAAUUAUGAAAAAGUUUACAGCUUCUGAUGAAGUAUGGCAUAAUUAUUUUAAGGCACAUCCACGUCACAAGUUUUUGCGCUAUGAAUCUAAUGAACAGUUUGAAGAUCUGCAAAUUAUAUUUGAUUGUACAACCGCUAACGGUAGCUGUUCAGUUGGUUUGGGUGAUACUACUGAUGCUCGCACCAACUCGGUUGGUGAUAGUCAUGCAAAAGAAACCGACAACGUUUUUGAGGUCGAUGAAGAUGGCUGUCCAUUAUCAUCUCAACAACGAUCAUCCGAACAUAAUGAAACACCUUCUGCAGAAACAAGUUUGAAGGGUCGUGUUGAAAAGCUGGUCCCGAGGAAAAGAUCUAGGACAGAUGCCGUUAGGAAUUUGGAUGAGCUGAAUAGUGAUCACAAUGAUUCUAUGAUAGAUGUGAGCAACAAGAUACUUAGUGUCAUACAACAAAGAGAAGAACGACAACAAAAAGAAGCUGAAAAACGAGAGGAAAAGUUAAAACUGGAAGUGGAGAAAAAAGAAGCUGAGAAAAAGAAAAACAAUGUUUGGGAUGCUAUGAAAGAAGUUCCAAAUUUGGAUCAGCGUAUCAAAUUUAAAGCGGUUACCCUAAUCUACUCUCUGGGAAUGAAAGAUGUGUUUACGGAUAUGUCGGUCGAAGAACGCUAUGGUUGGAUCCAAAGCAACAUUAGCUCCGACUGA